UAUAAUUAUGUGUUGGAAUGUAAUUAGAUCUGGAGAAGGAAAUCGCCCCCUAAACCAGUACUGCAGCAACUUGAUCAGGUUACAACCGCUGCGUGGAAGGAACAAGAGAAAAGGUGUCGUUCAAGGUACCCAUUGUUCCAAUUUGAACCGUCAUGUGAACAAAUUGGAAAAGAUUAUUUCCGCAUUGGGAACUCCGCUCGUCGGAGAUCAUCACAUGUUACCUACAGUAAUCAUUUUGCAAUUUCCUAGUAGUUGAUGACCUGGGUGGUGACUAAUGACCAUAAGAUUUCUUUUUGGUAGUAUCAAAUGCUUAUUGGCUGCUGCAAUAUCAGGUUAUGUUCAUGUUACGUUAUAGUCACGUAUAUCUCGGAUAGUAACUCUAUUUGCAUACCCGUAGCUACCGUUCCAUACUAACCUAAUUAGGUGGGGCAUCCCCACCGGAAGUAAUUGUUGAGAUUUUUGAUACGUGUAAAUAACAUGAAGAGGCUUCAAACUUUGCUUUCACCUAUUUAGGAAGUAUCGCAGAUGCGGUUGUUUCAAGUUAGUAUCAUUCACGCGUUACAGUUGCUUAGUAAUGUGU